ACAGGCUCCAAAGCUACAUAGAAAGCCUGUCUCCAGAAAAAAAAUCUAGAGAGCCUCUCAUUCUUGUGCAUUUGACAGAAUCCGUUCAGGUGCCAGAUGCAAGGAAGACAAGAAGGAGGUGAACAAGGGGAUUGGAUCUCUGCCUUCCUGCCAGAGCCGGGCUGCCCUGAGAGAAUGCCUGCAGGAGGGAUGGCAGGAAUCCCAGGCUUGAGGGAUGAUGUGCUGGAGCUUCAGCAGAAGGCUAUGGAGCAGAGAACUCAGGGCAGAAAGCCUGCCUGCUGGCCUGCCUCUACCCGGGUCAGCAUGAAGGACCACAGCUGCACUGUCCUCAAAAACAACUAGUGAAUCCACCUGUUCUCUCCCUUGCCUUGACCAGUUUCAACCUCUUCUGUUUGAGACAAGAGCCUGUAAACCAGGCUCCUCCUGCCUCAGCUUCCCAAGUCCUAGUAUUAUAGGGUUGAGCCACCGUGCCCAGGUCAAGUCACUAUUUUGUAAGCCAAUUAAAACAACCCCAUAUAGGAAAGUACGUGCUGGGGAUGGUGGUGUCCAGCUCCUUUAAUCUCAGCAUUCAGAAAUUAGAGGCAGAUGGAAUUAUCUGCGAGUUAGGGCCAGCCUAGUCUACAUGGUGAGUUUCAGGACAGCCAGGAUUACAUAGAGACCUUGACACCCCCUCCCAAAAAAAAAAAAGGUAUGUGGAGACAAACACCUAUUAUGCCAGCACAUAGGAGGUGGAGGCAGGAAGAUCAGGAGUUCAAAGCCAGCCUGGGCUCCAUGAGCUCCUGUUUCAAAAAAAAAAAAAUCCCCAGGCUAGACAGCAGGUGUGCCAUAAGCUUAUAAUCCCUGUAUUCUAUGCCCCCUUCAGCCUCCUCAGAAAUAUCUGCAGCUGCCAACCAGGGUACCUACCCCUCUCAGGGAAACUAGUUCGGCAUGAGCCCCAAGUGCUCAAGUUUCUGUCUGUUUCUAGAAAUAGAGAGGAAGCAAACUUGGUGUCCAGGCUUAGGUGGGGGUAGGGGGUUCAGGACUUCCUCUUUGUCUCCAGCAUUUACAGUUUCUCUGCCUCCUCCCCUCCCUUACCCACCUCCCAUCUCCCUGCGAGGACAAGGCCAGGACUCUAGUAAAGGUGAGGAACAGAAGGCAGUUAGAAGUCUGUCCACCGUGGCAGUGAACCACGCCCAGCACUGGAACAGGUGCCUGUGACCUUCAGCCUUGGUCUCGUUCUAAGACCGAAACCUAAAGGAAGAUUGGCCGCUGAGAGAAAGAAGUACUGGCUAGGACGCCCAGAUAUCCCCCAGUGGUCCUAGGGUGCCUAACUUUGGGGGACAAACAGCAGAGACAACAUCAGGGUAGAGAGACGAAGGGCCCUUCACAGCCUUUAGACCACAUAUCGGUGUGAGGUCCCCCACUUGGGGGGCAUUGCUCAGAAGUCCUGGAGGCCCUCACAGCAAUGGAGAAAGGUCAGGGCCUGCUUAUCCAGCCUAGACCCGACUGGGCCCUCUGCUAUCCUUGGCAAUCACAGUAGCUGCUUUGGCAGCUUCUGGGCAAGAAGCUUGGUGACAUCACUCAGUAGAAUUAUGAUUCCAUCUCCUUAGAAAUCACCCAAGUCAUACAUUGACCUCAGGGCCUCAAAGGAGUCCCAGGAAUUUUCAGCACUGUCCAGCCCAGCAGGGCAAGUAUAGGCACAGGCAGAUCCAGGCUCUAGGUUCCACAUAGAGGCCACUCUCAGUCCUGUGCCCAGGGUGCAUUGCUGCUUCGCUGCUUCCUGGCUCGUGGAAUGCAAAGGGGAAGUUGGCAAGGGUAAAGAGAGGGGCAGGGGCUGCAGGGCACAGUGAAACAGGAGGCUAUGCCAGUCAGAGGGAACUCCUCUUUGUUUUUAUGGGUUUUGUUUCUUUUUUGAAACAGGAUUUCUCCUUAGCUUUGGAGCCUGUCCUGGACCUAGCUCUUGUAGACCAGGCUGGCCUCGAACUCACAGAGAUCCGCCUGCCUCUGCCUCCCAAGUGCUGGGAUUAAAGACGUGCACCACCUUGAAAAAUCCAGGCUGAAGCUAGGCAUGACGAUAGCUAGAUCUGAGAAGGUGGACUGGAGAAGGGACACAGGAGGGACAGGGAUACAGCAGUGGACAGCUGGGACCAAGGGAAAACCCCUGUUGAGCUCAUCUAGAGACAUAGUCAGCCCUGGUUUCCAUGCCGCUGAGAGGCUGGGGAAGAGGAACCUCCGAGGAGGAGAAGUGGAAAGUCUAACUCUCCAGAGGAGCAAUUAGGGUGUGGAUUGGGCUGCGCACCAUCAGGGAGUGAAGGAGCCUACUAGAACAGGGACUGUGGAGCCAAGGGCUGGGAUGUCUCAGCUAACGGCUGUGGCUUCCCAGCCUGCGAGACCAAGAAAGCCUCAUCCUUCCUGGCUACCAGAUCAAGGCCAGCUAGGGAAGAGACCUGGAGAGGUCUAAUGUCAGGAACCUGGGUUCCUUCACACAGAGGAGUCCCACUAGCCAGCAGGACUCUAGGAAGGGCAUGUUUGUGGAACCGGGCCACCCCCACUUUGCCAGGCUACAGUAGCCUGGUGGCUGGGGAGUGCAGCCCAGAGUUGGUCACUGCUACCGGUUCUGAGUAACUCAAGUCUCAUGCCCUCCAAUUCCACUAGCUGAGGACCGCAGGAACGCUCUUCACUCCCCACCCCAGCGCUCCUCCCCUCUCCACUUCCUGCUCCACUCCGGGGAAGAACCUUUCCACGGGGGCUCUGAUUCAGCUCUGCUGAGACAAAACACUCCUACAGCUUCCCCUUUCCACCUGGUCUCCAGCAGCUCCUUCCCCAGGCCACGCGUGAGCCCAGUUCAUCCAGCUCUCAAGAUGCCAGGGAUAGCAGGGCCUGGCCUGGGGCCACUUUUGCGGAAUGCUGCGAACUACCCCUGCUCCUUAUACUUGGCCUGGCCCUGGCCAAAGUCUCUGGGUGUCCCACCGCUGCCUCCGAUUCCACUUUCUAGGAUUCAUCCUGGGCUCCAGGCAGGGUGUUUCGGAGCUGAUUGCAAUGACGAAACCUUCUGGUGGGCUCUAAUAAGGAAGCCCUGGGGUUACACAGUUGUCAAAGUGCACUUUAGGGGUAGGCGUAUGCAGCGGGCAGAAGCUCCAUGCUCUGGGCAACCCUAAAAGGCGGCACGCAGACAAACCGCUGGCGAGGAGAGGACUUUUAUUUUGCACACUGCUCGGAUCUCUUAGGCAACGCGCAAGUAUGCACAGAAGACCACGGGAGUGGAGACGCCAGCCGGGAAGCAUCCUCUCGGAGCGCGCAAAGGACAGAGCAGUCUCCCAGCAAUCUCUGCGUUGUUGGCGUCAUCAAAGACGCGCCGGAAGUGUGGCUGCCGCUGCGGAGCCACGUGUGGAGCAGAGAGCCGGUGUAAACUGGGUCUCUGACACUUGGCAGAUGUUAACACCAUGAGCUUCGUGGCAUACGAGGAGCUGAUCAAGGAAGGCGACACAGCCAUCCUGUCACUGGGCCAUGGCUCGAUGAUGGCAGUGCGUGUGCAGCGUGGGGCACAGACCCAGACCCGGCAUGGCGUCCUACGGCACUCAGUGGACCUCAUUGGCCGCCCAUUUGGCUCCAAGGUGAUCUGCAGCAGAGGCGGCUGGGUGUAUGUGCUUCACCCCACUCCUGAGCUCUGGACUGUGAACCUGCCCCACCGCACUCAGAUCCUCUACUCCACCGACAUUGCCUUACUCACCAUGAUGCUGGAGCUGCGACCCGGUUCUGUGGUCUGUGAAUCAGGCACGGGCAGCGGCUCUGUCUCCCAUGCCAUCAUCCGCAGCAUCGCCCCCACUGGCCACCUACACACAGUGGAGUUCCACCAGCAGCGGGCCGACAAGGCCCGGGAGGAGUUCCAGGAGCAUCGCGUGAGCCAGUGGGUGACUGUGCACACCCAGGAUGUGUGCCGCAGUGGCUUUGGUGUCACCCAUGUGGCCGAUGCUGUCUUCUUGGAUAUCCCAUCACCCUGGGAAGCUGUGGGCCAUGCCUGGGAUGCCCUCAAGGUUGAAGGUGGGCGCUUCUGCUCCUUCUCUCCGUGCAUCGAGCAGGUGCAGCGCACGUGCCAGGCACUGGCGGCCCGAGGCUUCACCGAGCUCAGCACCCUGGAGGUGCUGCCGCAGGUCUACAAUGUGCGCACCAUCAGUCUACCCUCGCCUGACCUGGGAGCCAGUGACUCAGAGGUCAGCGCGGGCUCUGAUGCCAGCCCCUUCCGUAGUGGCACACCCAUGAAGGAGACUGUGGGCCACACUGGCUACCUGACUUUCGCCACCAAGACUCCAGGCUAGCAGGCCUGGGCAGGAAUACCACGAGCAAGCAAGGAGGCCAGAGGCUGCCUUAUAUGGUCAGCCACCGCCUGUGAGGCUUGUGUUUAGAAAUAGUUGGCAGGGUUGGGGGGCAGGGGCCUCCUGGGUAGUUGAGGGGGGUGAGUAGGCUGGCCCUGUUCAGGAGGGAGGCAUUGCCGUCUGAGAGGGAAGCCUCCGCCCCAUCACUGCUCCCCACAGGCUCUCUGUUGUCAACAUGAAGUCCCCUCUGCCAGAGGCUCUCCUGGUUGCUGAGACCAGAUGGUACAAGCUGACGGCGGAGGAAGCCCUGGGCACUGCUUGAAGCCUGGACUGACCUACAGGGACAGUGAACUGUCCCUUCCCUGGUAAAGGCUCCAACCACUGGUGGUCCAGAGCUUAGCCACAAGCUGUGGUUGAGCUAACCCAGAAAGCCUGGCCCUGCCUUUAUCUCCUCUGUAUCCCUGGGGCUGGAGCCAGGCUUGCCUGGGGAUCCAAGGAGGUGACCCCAUAGUCUUGGGUCACAUGUGAGCGCACUUGUGCCCAGGAUCCCUGAUGUGCUGUCCUCUGGGACUAGGCUCGUCCUGUGCAAAGGGAGUCCAAUAGGCGUCUACGCCUCCAGUGAUCUCUCAAGCCCAUGUUGGAGCUAGGGUCAGAGAGGGGCCAUGGAAGAGGUGGCGCAUGGCCUAGGAGCUCUGGCUAUGGCCCUGCUGCACAUGUCACCUUGGGGCUGCCCUGCGUCUGCUGCUGAUGCAUGGAACCAGCCUUUGGGAGAAUUGUCUGUGUCCUAUUGGCCCCUGAGUGUACCUAGUGGAGCAAUAAAUGUUCUGUCUUACCCCCUAC